UGCGUUUGUCCUCUAGCUUGCAUCACCAUGUCUCCCUGUCCUCCUGGCUGCUGCUGCCCUCGCCCAGGAUUUUUAGUCCUGUGUGAGUCCCUGGGUCUCAGGUCGCUUCCUCGCUCUGUCCCACUGAGCACCUCAGCCUUGUCUGUGGCUAGAAACCAGCUUUGCAACGUGGACCACCUGCUGCGGCCCUUCUCUGGCCUGCAGGAGCUCAGCCUCAGUCAUAAUCUGCUGGCCCGCUUCCCUCUUGGCUUGCCUCCCAGUCUAGAGUCCCUGCUGCUGCAGGAAAACCGCAUCACUUACAUCACCUCAGGUGCCCUGAGGAAGCUGAGGAACCUCACUCGCCUGGAUCUGGAGGACAACCGAAUUCGUGCCAUCCAGCCUGGGGCACUUGAGGGUCUAAUCAAGUUGCAGGUCCUGACACUGAAGGGUAAUCAACUGAAAAGGCUUCCUCUGAAUCUCCCGUCCUCACUGACCCACUUAGACCUCUCUGCUAACUGCAUCUCAACCCUGGACCUGCCCUCACUGUCCACCCUGGUUAACCUGCAGGUCCUGAAGAUCAACAGCAACUGCCUGCGUUCAGUCCCAGAGAGCGCCUUCGACGGGCUGCCACAUCUCCGGUCUGUGGACCUCACAAACAACCUGUGGGUGUGCGAGUGUGACAUUUUGUAUCUUUACCGCUGGCUGCUGAACAGUCGGUUGAAAAUGGCCACAGACCUGGUGUGCUCUGAGCCAGUCCACCUUGCUCACCGUCUGCUUCUCAACCUCUCUGUCAUGGCUAUCUGUCCCCGUGUUCUGAAGCCAAAUGAAAGGACACACCGACUGCCGGCCUCCACAGCUGAGCCUGUAGUGCCUGCCUUUAAAAGUUCGCUGGAUAAGAAUAAUAACAACUCUGAAAGCUCAUCAGAUGGUUUACAGCAAAUGUCAAAAGCUCAAAGCAUUCACAAAAAUGUUUCCAAUACUCGUAUAGUACUUGAGCACUACACUUUAGAGACUCUUAGCUACGAGGACUGCUUGUCCUUAAAUAAGACACAAACUGUAAGUCCUUCCUACUUAACUACUUCUCUCCCUUCUGAGGAACAACGGUGCAGAGACAACAUCACAGGUCGGUACCCUCAGAUUAACUCAACCUCUGCUGAAGUGACUCAAUCUUUGCUUUCCACAAACAGAGAUGCCCCCCUACCCACUCCCAACCCACGUCCGUUUACUCAGCAGGACUCUGUGGUCAUCUCUCUGCUGGCUGUCUUAUGUGUAUUAGUUGCAUUCCUCAUGUUGGCAGUGUUGCUUGUACUGAAAAAGGUACUUCGGAGCCAACAGAGAGUGGCUCCACUUGAUGGAGGAUCUGGUGGAUGA